GAAAGAGAGAGAGAGAGAGAGGAGUUGGUAGUGAAGGAAAGAAACUAAAGGCACACAUAUAAACACAAAAGAGAGAAGAAGGCUUCUUCACACCCAGUAAGAAGAAAGAACUAUAGAAAGCCACAAAAGGAAGGGAAAGAAUUUCAUGUCAGUUUGCUUUUGCUUAGCUUAGCUUAGCUUUGCCCUUCUUCUGCAGAGAGAAAGAAAGAAAAUCGAAAAUAAAAUAAGAUCUUAGAGAGGGGAAAGAGAAGAUCGAGAAACAAAAGAAAUGGGUAGAGGUAGGGUUGAGCUGAAGAGGAUUGAGAACAAGAUCAACAGGCAAGUAACCUUUGCAAAGAGAAGGAAUGGACUCUUGAAGAAAGCCUACGAGCUUUCUGUUCUUUGCGAUGCUGAAGUCGCCCUCAUCAUCUUCUCCAAUCGUGGAAAGCUCUAUGAGUUCUGCAGCAGCUCAAGUUGUCCUUUUCAUUUGUUCAGCAUGCUCAAAACCUUGGAGAGGUACCAGAAAUGUAACUAUGGAGCACAAGAAUCCACUGUCUCAGCUAGGCAGGAGUUAAGCAGUCAGCAGGAGUAUCUGAAGCUAAAAGCCCGCUAUGAGGCGCUGCAAAGGUCUCAAAGGAACUUGCUGGGAGAAGACCUAGGCCCUCUGAGCACAAAAGAGCUGGAGUCACUUGAAAGGCAGCUUGACAUGUCACUGAAGCAGAUCAGAUCAACAAGAACCCAGUACAUGUUGGACCAGCUCACUGAUUUACAGCGCAAGGAGCAUUUGCUAGAUGAGGCAAAUAAGACCCUGAAACAAAGGGUAGGUGACCUUUAGUUCCACGUUGUAGGUCAUUGUUUUGGAGUGGCUGGAAUCCGAGUUCUGGCUAUUGGGGAUUUCUCUCAAUGCAGCCAACUGACCCAAUAAUUGGAGAAAAUGAAUGGUUUCUUAUUCGACUUUCUAUAUGCUUUGGCAGUUGAUGGAAGGGUACCAAAUCAACAACACGCUGCAGUUGAACCCUGGUCCAGAAGACUAUGGCAGACACCAAGCUCAUCAUCAGCCGCAGGGUGAUGACUUCUUUCAUCCUUUGGACUGUGAACCCAGUUUGCAAAUUGGAUAUCAGGCAGAUCAAAUAUUAACGGAUUUGACAGUAGCCACGGCUGGCCCCAGUGUGAAUAACUACAUGCCAGGAUGGUUACCGUGACCUAAUAUGGCCCAGAACCUCCAUUGGCUGGGAUGCAUGGAACGUCAUAAUGCAGCAGCAGCAUAAGAAGCUUCAUCUAAGCACACUUUUUUUAAUUUGUCUUCUCUCCGAGUCUGAGUCUGAGUCCAUUUUAUUUGUUUGAUAUUUCUAUCUCUGAUCUGGAACAAGUUGCAGUACGCUAGAACUAUCCUAGGGGAAGAAGGAAAACGGUUCAGCAAGUUGUGUUCUUUUCGUUGUGUGCUGUGUUUUUAUCUCUGUUGAACAAUAAUUUUGCUCCACAUAUAUAUAAACUGUUUUCUUUGUGUGCCAUAGAUUUUU